AAGGCGUUACGUGGGAAGCUUUCUCCUCUUCUUCUUCUUCUUCACUGGCCGUUGAUAGACGAGACUCUCUCAUCUCAUCACCCCACUCUCGUCUCAUGCAUUGCAGGGGACCGGAAACAGAAACCUCAAACACCCUUCUGCUCGAACAUCCUGGGGUUCUUCGGGAAAAUCCAAUAAAGUCAAAUUCUAUGCAGGUUUGGAUACGAGAAGUUGUUGAUAGCACAUCCCCAGUUUGAGUAAUUUGUGCUUGGGCAACAAUGCAUUCGGCGAAAUCUGAGUCCGACAUCACGAGCUUAGCCCCUUCCUCUCCGUCGAGGUCUCCUAAGCGUCCCGUGUACUAUGUCCAGAGCCCUUCUCGGGACUCGCAUGAUGGCGACAAGUCAUCAUCGAUCCAGGCAACCCCAAUCUCUCACAGCCCGAUGGAGUCGCCUUCCCACCCGUCCUUCGGGCGCCACUCGAGGAAUUCCUCGGCGAGUCGGUUUUCAGGGAUCUUCAGGUCCUCCUCAGGGAGGAAGGGGAAACCUAAGAGGAAUGACAAGGGGUGGCCUGAGUGCAAUGUCAUAUUGGAGGAAGGAUCGUACGACGAGUUUGAGGAAAGGGCAUUCAUGAGGCGGUUCCAGGCCUUGAUCGCCCUCUUCAGCUUUGUGCUCCUCUUCACAGUCUUCUGUUUGAUCAUUUGGGGCGCCAGUCGGCCUUACAAGGCCAAGAUCACCGUCAGGAGCUUGAAGGUGAACAACUUUUAUGUUGCAGAGGGUUCCGAUUUCUCCGGGGUCGUGACAAAAAUGGUUACGCUGAAUGGCACAUUGAGGAUGAGCAUCUACAAUCCUGCUACAUUGUUUGGCAUUCAUGUGAGCUCUAGUCCGAUUAAUCUCGUCUUCUCAGAAAUCACCAUUGCAACUGGUCAGCUGAAGAAAUUCUAUCAACCAAGAAAGAGCCGCCGAAUGGUGCUAGUGAACUUGGAAGGUAACAAGGUUCCCAUGUACGGAGCGGGAUCAAGCCUAAUAGUUUCUCCAAGCGGAGGCAAGGUCCCUUUGAUGUUGCAAUUUGAGAUCCGAUCAAGAGGGGAUGUGGUGGGAAAGUUGGUUAGGACAAGGCAUCGGAAACGGAUUUCUUGCCCUGUUGUUAUCGAUUCCACCAGCACCAAACCCAUCACCUUCAAGAAGGAGACUUGCACAUAUGGCUAAUGUUCUGGAAGACCGCCUGGAGGAGUAUUCCUGUGUGUCCCCAGUUGGGUAUUUAUCAAAUUCGAUAAAGUUGGCAAGAUUUUUAUUUUGGGAGGAGUUUUAUGAAUUGAGAUUUUCUGUGACGGGUUCUCUUUGCUGGUAAGAUUUUUGCAAUAUAUGUUAAGAUUCUUGUAAUAUAUGUUCAUGCCCGGAAAAUAUGUAAAUGUGUGAAUAUAUUUCUCGUCCCUGCAUACUGAAACAUUAAUUUGGAUUU